CUGAUGAUGUUUUGAGUUGCUUCUAGUUGUUGUUGCUAGGACUUCCGUUGUAUGGGGGUGCUACUGUGGGUGAUAUAACCAAACGUAGUGAUCCUUUAUUUCCGAUGAUUUGCUUAAAAAUUUUGAAUAUAUGUCCAAAAUACCCUUGUUUGAUUACGUCAAAUCUUCCAAUUGUAUUCAAGCGUGAGAUCUUCAGUUUUGGUCCUACGUUUACCAAAAAAUCACAAUCUUACAAAGAAAGAAGACUGUUAGGUUAUUCUCCGGAAAACAUGUUUGAUAUUGCAAUUGACGUUGGUCGUUAUUCAGAAUUUAUACCUUGGUGUAACCAAUCAACUGUUUUGGAACAAGGUGAAAAUAACAUGCUAGCUUGUCUGGGUGUUGGAUUUCCUCCACUUAGUGAAUCAUACAUGUCUCGAAUAACAUUUCAGCGACCGAAACACUUAAAGUCUGUCGCACAAAAUGCUGGAAUGUUUCAUCAUUUAAUUAAUGAAUGGCAUUUUCAUCCAGGUCUCCCAGAGAAUCCGAAUUCUUGUUUUGUAGAGUUUUCUGUUGAUUUCGAGUUUCGUUCUCCUAUUUAUUCAAAAAUUGCUGGAUUAUUUUUUGAUCAAGUUGUCACUGUUAUGGUGAAUGCUUUUAUGGAUCGUGCUAAAGUAUUACAUGGUAAACCAUCAAUUGCUUGUCAAAAGCCAAACAUAUUAAUUUAUAACAAAUAA